UACAGGACUAGAAGUGCUAUAGAGAGGCACUCCAGCCCACUGUCCUGGCCUCAAGACCAGCAAGAUGACUCAGCAGGUAAAGACACAACCUGACCACCUGAAAUGGAUCAAUGUCUACCACAGGUCUUCAUGACAGAGGUGACACUCACGAUGGGGACAGAGCAGGAGGAGGAGCAGGUGCUGAGAGCCUGCAAGGCAGCUGCCCAGGGAAGCAGAGGAUAAAUAUGGAGUCUGGACCCUUGGAUGUAAGGUAGCUGCCUCGGUGUGUACCAGGAUCCUGGCUGACGCCGGCCACCUCUCCAUAGACACCAGCACAGAGUUUCUCGGCAUCAGACAGUGACCAGUCUGCUGACACAGAGGUACAGCUAUGAACUACCCACUAACCCUGGACAUGGAUCUCAUCACCUAUAACCUGGAUGACCUGUAUAAGGAAUUUGCCUUCUACAGUAACAGCACUGAGAUGCCCCUACAGGACAGCCACUUCUGCUCCACGGUGGAGGGACCCCUGCUGACCUCCUUCAAGGCUGUAUUCAUGCCUGUGGCCUACAGCCUCAUCUUCCUUCUGGGGAUGAUGGGAAACAUCCUGGUGCUUGUGAUCCUGGAGCGGCACCGGCAAACUCGAAGCUCAACUGAGACUUUCCUCUUCCACCUGGCAGUAGCCGACCUCCUCCUUGUCUUUAUCCUUCCUUUUGCAGUGGCUGAGGGCUCUGUGGGUUGGGUCCUAGGAACCUUCCUCUGCAAAACCGUGAUCGGCCUGCACAAGAUCAAUUUCUACUGCAGCAGCCUGCUGUUGGCCUGCAUAGCUGUAGACCGUUACCUGGCCAUCGUCCACGCCGUCCACGCCUACCGCCGCCGUCGACUCCUCUCCAUCCACAUCACCUGUGCAACCAUUUGGCUAGCCGGCUUCCUUUUUGCCUUGCCAGAGGUCCUCUUUGCCAAAGUCAGCCAACCUCCUAACAACGACUCCCUGCCACACUGCAGCUUCUCUCAAGAGAACGAAGCCGAAACCAAUGCCUGGUUUACCUCUCGUUUCCUCUACCAUAUUGGGGGCUUCCUGCUACCAAUGCUGGUGAUGGCCUGGUGUUAUGUGGGGGUGGUACACAGGCUAUGCCAGGCUCAGCGGCGCCCUCAGAGGCAGAAGGCAGUCCGGGUGGCCAUCUUAGUGACGAGCAUUUUCUUUCUUUGCUGGUCACCCUACCACGUUGUCAUUUUCCUAGACACACUGGAGAGGCUGAAGGCAGUGGACAGUAGCUGCGAACUGAGGGGCUAUCUCUCUGUGGCCAUCACCAUAUGUGAAUUCCUGGGCCUGGCCCACUGCUGUCUCAAUCCCAUGCUCUACACCUUCGCUGGUGUUAAGUUCCGCAGUGACUUGUCUCGACUCCUGACGAAGCUGGGCUGUGCUGGCCCAGCCUCCCUUUGCCAACUUUUCCCCAGCUGGCGCAAGAGCAGUCUCUCUGAGUCAGAGAACGCCACCUCUCUCACCACCUUCUAGAUCCCAGAGUCUCUACAACCCCUUCCAUUCUGUUUUCCUUGGGAGCCCGGAGUGAUGUUCGAAGCCCUUUCAACAAAAACUGGGGUUCUAAGAGCUUAUUUGGGCCAGUGUCCCCAGAAGGGACAGCUAGAUGGACUCUUUCUAGAAUGUCCCUAAAUUCUUCUGCCAUCCCUCGGGCUAAACUAGAGCCCUGGGAGGAGAAAGCAGCCCAAGACGAAACAAGGGAUCUCUAGGAUAAGAGGACUCCACACACCUCCCAUCCUAACCAGCCAAACCAGCUUUGCUUCUCCCCUGGUCACAGGGAAAGCCACUCUGCUGGGGGUCUACAGGCUCAUCCUCCUCUGGUUAUGGACCCCUGAAUCUCCUCCUAGAAUGCACUCUGUCGUCUUAAAGGCUGCUGGCCACAGCUCACACCACUCCUGUCCAUUGUAUAGCCAGUUGGUGGCAGAAUGUGGCCUUAACCUGCCUGUGUCCUAAACACAAACUUUGUGCCAGACCUGCAACCCUGCCAUUCUCUUAAUCAAGCAGGAAGCUGGACUGAUUUACGUUAGGGAGCUGUCUAACUCCAACCAGCCAGCAUUGGGUCAGCCCCAUGUUACUGGAUCUUGAACUACAGACCAAGGACAGGCUCCACUAGGCCCUGGAGGCAGCCAGUGUCCGAAGGAGAAUAGAGGGCAAGCCAGCAGGGAAGCAGCCCGGUGGAGAAACGAAGAGACACCUUCUCUCCAGGCCCCAAAGAGGGGCAAGGAGAAUCAAACCCAGUGGGGGCUGGAGAGAUGGCUCAGCGGUUAAGAGCACUGGCUGUCCUUCCAGAGAACCAGGGUUCGAUUCCCAGCACCCUCAUGGCAGCUCACAAGUGUCUGUAAUUUCACUUUCUGGGAAUCCAACAGCAUCGAUACAGACAUACAUGCAGGUAAAAUGCCAAUGCACACAAAAUAAAAAUAAAUUUAAAAAAAUCAAA